AUGGACGCGGUGCUGCUAGAGCACUUCCCCGGGGGCCUGGACGCCUUCCCGUCUCCUUACUUUGACGAGGAGGACUUCUUCACCGACCAGUCCUCUCGGGACCCGCUGGAGGACGGCGAUGAGCUGCUGGCGGACGAGCAGGCGGAGGUGGAGUUCCUCAGCCACCAGCUGCACGAGUACUGCUACCGCGACGGGGCGUGCCUGCUGCUGCAGCCCGCGCCCUCGGCGGCCCCGCACGCGCUCGCCCCGCCGCCCUCGGGGGGCCCCGGCGAGCCGGAGGACGGCGGCGGCGGCUACUGCUGCGACGCAGGGGCGCCCCCCGGCGGCUUCCCCUACUCGCCUGGCUCGCCGCCCGCGUGCCUGGCCUACCCGUGCGCGGGGGCGGCCGUGCUGUCCCCCGAGGCCCGGCUGCGCGGCCUGAGCGGGGCGGCGGCGGCGGCGGCGGCGGCGCGGCGGCGGCGGCGGGUGCGCUCCGAGGCCGAGCUGCAGCAGCUGCGGCGGGCGGCGAUGGUGCGCGAGCGGCGGCGCAUGCAGUCCAUCAACGACGCCUUCGAGGGGCUGCGCUCGCACAUCCCCACGCUGCCCUACGAGAAGCGCCUCUCCAAGGUGGACACGCUGCGCCUGGCCAUCGGCUACAUCAACUUCCUCAGCGAGCUGGUGCAGGCCGACCUGCCGCUGCGCGGCGGCGGCGCGGGCGGCGGCGGGGGGCCGGGCGGCGGCGGGCGCCUGGGCGGGGACAGCCCGGGCAGCCAGACCCAGAAAGUCAUCAUCUGCCAUCGGGGCACCCGGUCCCCCUCCCCCAGCGACCCGGAUUAUGGCCUCCCUCCCCUGGCAGGACACUCCCUCUCAUGGACUGAUGAAAAGCAACUCAAAGAACAAAAUAUUAUCCGAACAGCCAAAGUGUGGACCCCAGAGGACCCCAGAAAACUCACCAACAAAUCUCCCUUCAACAACAUAGAAAACGAACCGCCUUUUGAGUUUGUGUCCUGAGAAGCCCCAGACCCGCCUGAGGAUCUGAUUCUGUCUCUGUGCAUAUUGUACAUGUAAAUAUCAAUAAUGUAAUUUAAGAAUCACAUUUUUCUAAAGGCAAUCAACUGUUAUUUAUCUAUUUAUUAUCCUGUCGAGUUAAUGAAAUAGACGAUCUCUUUUUAAGUAUAUAAUUUAUAUAAUUUAUCCUGAUUUUCUAAAAAUAUGCAAUAGCCUGUGAUUUCCCCCCCAGCACCUUUGGCAGAACUCUGCGUUGUUGGAAGAACUCUGGCCGGACAACUUCAUGCUAA